AUGGAGCCCCCCAGCGCUCCCCGCAAGGACGCCUCCGAGACCGCCCGUCUGGUGGGGAGCCGCGACCCGGGCCGCGCCGGCAGCCUUCGCCUCAAGAGUCUGUUUGCAGGCCCUCAGGAGGCCUUCCCUGGCCUGCCCCCAGAGAAUGGACACCCGACCGUAGGUGUGGACCUGGAGAUGGAGCGACGCCUGGCCCCGCACUGUCAUCUGGGGCCUUGCUCCCCCAGCCAGAGCCAACUGAAGUUCCAGGCUCAGCGGAAACUCAGCAUUGCGUGUGCGGUCUGCUUCCUCUUCAUGAUUGGCGAGGUCAUAGGGGGGUACCUGGCACACAGCCUGGCUAUCAUGACAGAUGCGGCUCACCUGUUGACAGACAUGGGCAGUAUGGGUGUCAGCCUCUUCUCCCUCUGGGUCUCCACUCAUCCAGCCACCAAGACAAUGACCUUUGGCUGGCACCGUUCAGAGACCUUGGGUGCGCUGGCCUCUGUCCUGUCCAUCUGGAUUGUCACAGGUGUGCUCGUCUACCUGGCUUCUGCCCGUAUCAUCAGCAACGAUUAUGAGAUUGAAGCAUCAGCCAUGCUGGGCACUUCAGCCUGUGCUGUAGGCGUGAACAUCAUCAUGGCCUACCUUCUGCACCAGUCAGGCUCCCCACACAGCCACGGCCCAAGCACGGGGGGCUAUGAGAGGAUCGGCGACAGCCCCUGCGGCACCACCAUACCCACCCACAGCAACACCAGCGUACGAGCUGCCUUUGUGCAUGUGGUGGGGGAUCUGCUCCAAAGCAUCGGGGUCUUUGUUGCUGCCACUGUCAUCUAUUUCAAGCCCCAAUAUAAGAUAGCUGACCCAAUCAGCACAUUUCUUUUCUCGGUCUUUGUGCUGUGUUCCACUCUGACUAUCCUGCGUGACGUCUUCCGGGUGCUGAUGGAAGGUGCACCACGUGGUGUGGAGUUCAAGGCAGUGAAGGAGCUGCUGCUCUCGGUCAAGGGAGUGAAAGGUGCCCAUAAUCUCCAUCUUUGGGCUCUGACUCUCAGCCAUCAUGUUGUAGCUGUGCACGUGGCUAUAGAGCCCAGCACUGAUGCGGAGACCGUGCUGCAGGAAGCCACAGCCCUCCUGCAGAGCAAGUUUGGCUUUGUCUCAUGCACCAUCCAGGUGGAACGCUACCUGGAUGACAUGGCCAUCUGCCGCCAGUGCCAGGACCCGCGGGAUUGAGCCCAGUGCUGCCAGGCACCAGCUCCCGUGCUCCCCCCACUGCCAAGCCCAGGAGGUGCCUGAAGCAGGGGACUCCCCCCACCUCUCUCCCAGAGUCGGGGUCCACGGCUGUGUCUCUCGAGCCCCAGGAUCUGGCCUCUCUCUCCCCCUCUGCAUCUUCGUGUCACAUUCCAGGCUGGGUGGGGGCUGCCCUCCAGCAGGGGGGGCUAUGCCCACUUCCCACGUUCAUCAGCCUAAGUGUCUUUGAUGUGCAAGCCUGUGGGUGCUGGGGCCACUGGAGGAAGGCCAAGACAGCUGCCUCUGGGCCGGGCCGUUGGAUGGGGCUAUGUGGCCAUUUUGUACACAUAUGUCAUAUUGGCAGCACACAUUCCUCCCCUUGGGAGUCU